GUGAAGUCAACGUACGUAGAUAUGGGACAGGCCCGGUUCACUUGCAAAGAUGUCUUACCAAAUCAUCCCGGGCAGCAAUUCUAAUAUUUUUAAAUUCACCUCGGAGCUAGCUGUCUACUUCAUCUUUUUUCUUGUGUAGGCAAGCAGUAGAACAUGUUCUAGUCGAUUCAGUUACCAUACGUUCUGCAGUAAAGCCUUUUUCGAUCUGCCUACGUUUGACUACUUACUGUACAGCUACAGCACUUAGUACCUUUUUACGGCAAUGGAGAUGAAGACAGAGCCUCCUCGGGAGGCUCUCAUGGUUGACGCCCAAGAGAGACACCCCGAUUCCACGUCUGAUACGAGCUCUGACACUGUUGCCAUCACGUAUCCUUCCGUUUGGCGUCAAGCGAUUAUUGUAACCGGCCUCCUGCUGGGUAUAUUCCUCGCUGGCCUCGAUAUCAAUAUCAUCGCAACGGCAAUCCCCGCUAUUACGAGUAACUUCAAUUCUCUCGCAGAAUCGGGUUGGUAUGGCUCAAGCUUUUUCCUUGCCUACUCGGCUUUCCAAUCGCUUUGGGGUAAAGCAUAUAAGUACUUCGACAUGAAGUAUGUCUUCUUGGCAUCCAUGCUUGUGUUCGAGAUCGGAUGCUUGAUUGGCGGCAUCGCGCCGAGCAGUGCAGUGUUGAUUGUGGGCCGAGUCGUUCAAGGAGCUGGGGCCGCGGGCAUCCUCUCCGGCUGUUACUCUAUCGCUGGUUACGUGAGCCCUGCCGACAAGGUGCCUCUAAUUAUAGGCAUGAUUGGCACCAUCUUCAGUAUCGCCAGCGUGAUAGGCCCGCUCCUUGGUGGUAUAUUCACGUCUGAUCCCCAUUUGACCUGGCGCUGGUGCUUCUACAUUAAUCUUCCUAUCGGGGGUGUGCCUAUCUUUAUCAUUUUCUUCUUUUUCAAGACACCUCCUCAUGCCAAGACGGCCAAUAAGGACUCAAUCAAGGACAUAGCCCUCAGUUUCGACCCUCUUGGAGUUAUCCUCUUCGCUGCUGCCCUAGCUAGCUACCUCCUAGCUCUGACGUGGGGUGGCACGGAGAGAGCUUGGAACUCAUCUACUAUCAUCGGAACACUCAUCGCAUGGAUUCUCUUGACUAUUGUUUUUGUCGUCAACGAGUUCUGGCAAGGAGAAAGAGCUUUGAUAGUAGUACGUCUCUUCAAAAACAGAGACAUGUGGGUUAACGGCAUUGUGCUCUUCUUCUAUUUUGGGGCUUAUUUCGCCAUUGUUUACAGCCUUCCCAUAUACUUUCAGGCGGCCUUGGAGCUAACACCAGGCGAGAGUGGAAUCAGAACAAUCCCAAUCAUUGGUUCGACAUCUGUUGCAAGCUUGUUUGGCUCCGUUCUUUUUGGAAAAUACGGCAGAUACACGCUGUUUCAAAUCACCGGCAUAGGUGCCGCAGCCAUUGCUGGUGGAUUAAUCUACACUCUUGAUAUCGAUACUAGUCUUGGUAAACAGAUAGGAUAUCAACUUUUGUUGGGUGCCGGAAUUGGUUGGAUAGUCCAGAUUCCACCCAUUGUCGCAGGCAUUGUCAAUAAGCAAGCGGACAAGCCAGUUGGCACUGCAGCUGUGCUGGUUAUACAAUUCUACUCAGCCUCAAUAGGGAUCAGCGCAGCAUCUGCUAUUAUAAACAACAUUCUAAUACAAAAGGUGCCAGUCUAUGCGCCAGAGGUUACUCCAGCCGAGAUUCUGUCUAUUGGGCCAUACGAUCUAAGUGCUCGUUUCAGCGGCGCUACGCUGCUUGGAAUCAAGAAAGCUUACAUAGAUGGUCUCCGUGCGUCAUGGAUUUUGAGUAUCGCUCUAUGGGGCGUGGCUUUCUUCUGUACAUUCCUAGCGAAGUGGCCAGGUCACAUUGUACCUGCAAAAGAGGAGGGAGCGUCGGAUACUCAAGAGAAGACAUCACCAACUGCCCUUCACCUAUGAGAAAGAGGUGCAGAGAUAGAUACGGGUGAAAUCAGCUCAUGAUGUGCGGUUGCUGGUGUCAUAUGCGAACAAGCUAGUUGGGUACGGGUGACUUACAGGGAGCAAUCUAAGAGGUCCUUUCGCGGCUAUCAACAACGACAGACGAUUACAAAACCAAAUAUAGAAGAACUGUUACUAUUGCUCAGAGCUGUCUUCCUUCUAUAAUAAAC